AUGACACUAACAGUGAAACUGGUCCCCUCUCUGCUCCUGCUGGUCCCCUCUCUGCUCCUGCUGGUCCCCUCUCUGCUCCUGCUGGUCCCCUCUCUGCUCCUGCUGGUCCCCUCUCUGCUCCUGCUGGUCCCCUCUCUGCUCCUGCUGGUCCCCUCUCUGCUCCUGCUGGUCCCCUCUCUGCUCCUGCUGGUCCCCUCUCUGCUCCUGCUGGUCCCCUCUCUGCUCCUGCUGGUCCCCUCUCUGCUCCUGCUGGUCCCCUCUCUGCUCCUGCUGGUCCCCUCUCUGCUCCAGCGUCCGUGGGAAAAGAACGGAAGCAGAUCGCUAACGUCGCUAUGUCACUGGAGUCCGGUGUAA